AAACACGAACGCCAUCUUUAACUGGCACCCUCCUACCGGGGCAGAGUAGUUGUGAACCGAAUUUAGGACAGACGCCUUUAAAAGCUCCAGACAGCCACGGACCCUUCACUUUGACAGCCUGCAGUGAGUGUUUGCUGACUCCCGGUCACUCGGUGCCGUCGUAUGGUCCAAUGUGCUUGAUCGGUCGGCCAGCUCCAACACAGUUUUCUUCUUGUGUCGGUCCGGGUUGAAUUACCGCCACCUCUAAAUAAAUAAACAGCCAACCGAGGAGCUGAAAGCCAGGAUGAAACGAGGUCUCCAGGAGAACGAGCUGGAGGACGGGGGAGGCCCCAGCACCGGGGCUCAGAAGACUCAAAAGUUGACGAGCAAGCAGAGGAGAGAGGAAGAGGAGGGAGUCAGCUGGGAGUGUUUACCUCAGGAGAUCCUGCUUCACAUUUUCCAGUACCUACCUCUGCUGGACAGGGCGUUCGCCUCACAGGUGUGCAGAGGAUGGAACCAGGCCUUCCACAUGCCCGAGCUGUGGCGCUGCUUCGAGUUUGAGCUGAACCAGCCGGCCAGCUCCUACCUGAAGGCCACGCACCCAGACCUCAUCAAGCAGAUCAUCAAAAGGCACUCCAACCACCUACAGUACGUCAGCUUCAAGGUGGACAGCAGCAGAGAGUCCGCAGAGGCAGCGUGCGACAUCCUCUCUCAGCUCGUGAACUGUUCUUUAAAAACUCUGGGACUCAUCUCCACAGCCAGACCCAGCUUCAUGGAGAUGCCCAAGUCUCACUUCAUCUCUGCUCUGACGGUGGUUUUUGUCAACUCCAAGUCCCUGUCCUCCCUGAAGAUCGAUGACACGCCGGUGGACGACCCCUCACUCAAAGUCCUGGUGGCGAACAACAGCGACACGCUCAAGCUGCUGAAAAUGAGCAGCUGCCCUCAUGUUUCACCUGCAGGCAUCAUGUGCGUGGCUGAUCAGUGCCACGGCCUCAGAGAACUGGCGCUCAACUACCAUUUGCUGAGCGACGAGCUCCUCAUCGCGCUGUCCUCCGAGAGGCACGUCCACCUUGAGCACCUUCGCAUCGACGUGAUGAGCGAGAACCCCGGCCAGCAGUUCCACACCAUCAAGAAGAGCAGCUGGGACGCCAUGGUUCGCCACUCCCCCAAAUUCAGCCUGGUCAUGUACUUCUUUCUCUACGAGGAAGAGUUCGACCCGUUCUUCCGCGACGAGAUCCCCGUUACGCAUCUGUACUUCGGCCGCUCCGUCAGUAAGGACGUGCUGGGCCGCGUGGGGCUUCACUGCCCGCGUCUGGUGGAGCUGGUCGUGUGCGCCAACGGGCUGCGACCGCUGGACGAGGAGCUCAUCCGCAUCGCCCAGCGCUGCACGCAGCUGUCCGCCAUCGGCCUGGGGGAGUGCGAGGUGUCCUGCAGCGCCUUCGUGGAGUUCGUGAAGAUGUGCGGAGACAGACUGACGCAGCUGUCCAUCAUGGAGGAAGUGCUGAUUCCAGAUCACCGUUACGAGCUGGACGACAUCCACUGGGAGGUGUCGAAGCAUCUGGGUCGGGUCUGGUUCCCAGACAUGAUGCCCACGUGGUGA